AUGAUGUCUUUAGAUAUUUAAAGUGAUUAUUUUGAUUAUGCUUCAGUUCUAGACGAUAAGUACUAUAUUAUUGAUACAAUUGGUGUGGGCAGAUAUGCAAAGUAAUUCUACUAUUCUGAUUAUUUUAGAGUGAAGUUAGCUAUCGAUGUACAAGAUAAGUAAAAAUUGAUCCAACUACAAAUCAGAAUAAACUAUAACAAUUUAUAAAUGAGGUAACUCAAGUAAGCGGAGUUUGAACAUAAUAAUAUAAUUAAGAUUAUUCAAUGCAAUAUCAAUGGGAAAUACAGGAAAGUGGAUGGUAGAUUAUGCUAAGUAUCUUAUUUUGUGAUGGAAUUGGCAGAUUAAGGCGAAUUAUUUGAAUUGCUUGAAUAAACUCAUUAAUUCUCUGAAAAGUUCCUAAGGAGAAUAUUUUCUUAAUUGAUUAAGGGCAUUCAAUAUUUACAUGAAAAAGGAAUAGUUCAUAGAGAUAUAAAAUCUGAAAACAUCUUGUUUAGCAAUGGAAUCUUGAAGCUAGCAGAUUUUGGAUUUAGUGCCAAAUCUGUGGAUGAAACUGGAGCCAAAGUCUAAUUUGAAGUGCAAUAAUAUUUAGGAUCUCCAGAAUAUAAUCCACCUGAACUAUCAAAUGCAAUUGGUAAAUAAAAAUAUUAUAUACCUGAAUCAGCUGAUAUAUUUGCAUCCGGAGUCAUCCUUUUUAGUAUGGCAAUGAGGUCUGCUCCAUUUAAAACUUCUAAAAAUACUGAUCCAUAUUAUUCUCUUUUAAAAUAAGAUAAAUAAAAGUUUUGGCAAGUGUUCUAAGAAUUAAACGAUAACAUAUCCAAUCAAUUCAAAGAUCUUAUUGAAAAAAUAUUGGAAGAAAAUCCUUAGAAGAGAAUUUCAUUAGAAUAAAUUAAAAAGCAUCCAUGGAUGGAAGGGUCUAUUUCUAAUUUGGCUGAUUUUAAAACAGAAAUUAUGAAUAGAUAUGAGAUAGUUUAAAAUAAAAUGAAGGCAAAGAUAACAUUUAGAAGACAAUAAAAAUUUACAAAUAGAAGAUAUUAAAAGAGAAUCGAAAUGUCAAUUCCUAAUCUUAUUCCACCAAAAUAUCUGUAAGAAAGUUUAGUUGUUAUUGAUUAAAUCAAUGAAAAAUUGUAGAAGAGAUUAUUGCAUUAAGAAUACCAAGAUUAAAUAAAUUAGUAGGCUCAGCCAACUGUAGAAAUAAAUAUAAUUGAAAUAUAAUAGAAAACUAAAUCUAAAAGAUAAUUAGAAGGUUCUAAAAAAUCUAAUCGUGCUACUCCUCCUAAUGAUUCAGAUAAUUGA